AACAGCUGAUUCCCAAACAACCUCAACUUCAAUAAUUAAAUAAAUACUAAUUUGUGAUUUUGAGAAUGAAAUCCUACAAUUCACCUUAACGACUAAACGCUAAAAUGCAAAAGAAUGUUUCGGUGUAGCUUGCAUUUACGGCACUAUUGUCAUCAAGUUUCCCAAAGCACAAUAUUCGCACUCUCUUCAGGUCAAGGCAAAUGCGGAGUUGCUGUUAUCCGAGUCUCGGGACCUUCGGCUGGAAAUGCCUUAAAGCACUUGACCGGCAUGAAGGAGUUACCGAAACCUCGCUAUGCUCUUUUGAAAAAAUUAAAACAUCCCGAUAGGGGGGAGGUGCUCGAUAGAGGACUGGUCUUAUGGUUUCCCUCUCCACACAGCUUCACCGGCGAAGACAGUUGCGAAUUUCAAAUUCACGGCGGUUUGGCAGUGAUCAACGGCGUAUUGAACGCCCUAAGUGCGAUUCCUACCUUGCGUCUAGCGUCUCCUGGUGAAUUUACCAAGCGUGCUUUUUACAACGGUAAAUUGGACUUGACGCAAGCCGAAGGAUUAGCCGAUCUGCUAUCUGCUGAAACGGAAUUACAAAGAAAACAGGCUUUUUUGCAAACCGAGGGACACCUAAAGAACGUCUACAUGCGUUGGAAGAACGUUUUGGUGAGUGCGCUGGCAAACUUGGAGGCCUACAUCGAUUUUCACGAGACCGAGGUUUUGGAUGCUGAUUUGGUGAAUGGCACGAUGAAUAGCGUCUUGAAGCUGUCGGAAGACAUACGCAAACAUCUUGGUAACGGGGUCAGAGGCGAAUGUUUAAGGAAUGGCGUGAAAACCGUUCUAAUCGGCGAGACCAACGUGGGCAAAAGUAGUCUUGCUAAUGUUCUUUGCAGCCGACCUUUAUCCAUAGUAACUCCCAUACACGGUACCACAAGAGACGUACUAGAGGCAACUUUAGACAUAGGUGGCUAUCCCGUUGUACUCAACGACACCGCUGGUUUACGUUCGCAAAGUGCGGACGUAAUAGAACAAGAAGGUAUGAUUCGAACCUUAAGGGCCUGUGAAGACGCCAAUUUGAUAUUAUUAGUCGCCGACUGCACAAAUUACUUAUCAUGGCAGAAAGCGAGCCAAUCAAGUAAUUUUCUCGACUUCCUCGCCUUUUACGCGCGAAAGCUUGACAUUUGCGAUAUUUUAUUCAACGAAGAUAACACGACAAAGAAGCCGUUCAUUGUCAUUGGUAAUAAGGUGGAUUUAGUCGAAGAGUGUGACCUGGUACACUUGCAGUCGUUUCAAAACCUGAUCUCUUGCAAUUCAAAGAAAGGCAUUGACUUCUUGACUUCUAGCAUUAUUGACCAGUUGAAGCAAAUAUGUGGAGAGCCGACGGAAGAGCAUCCUAGUAUGAACCAAGUUCGUCAUCGUGAGUGCUUAACUUUAUGCUUGAGACAUCUAGAGUCCUUUCUCCAAGAUCGCCAGUCUUUUGACGACAACACUGUCUUUAUGGCAGAGAAGCUGAGGAAAGCUCUUCGACAGUUAGAUAAGCUAACAGGCAUUUUUAGUACUGAGCAGUUGUUAAGUGUCAUUUUUAAUCAGUUUUGCAUUGGAAAAUAAAAUUUAGUAUUAGUAA